AUGUCUCAGUUCUACGCACGCUACGUGCCCCCCGUAUCGAAGACGCCACCUACACUCCCAGCUUCAACCGCACUAACAGAAAAACGCAAGAGAGCCGAACCAACAGUGCCGCAUGUAAAGAAGAAUAAGAAAGUCAAGUUAUCAAAUGGCUCCCGUGAAGAGAAUAGAUUCACUAGCCCGCCAAAUGCAUACCAAAAAGAUCAAUUGGCUGGCAAUAAACGGAGGGAGAAUGGAACGGAUAUCUUGAGCAAGUACCGCGCCACAGCAGGAAAGAACGCCCGCCCAGAUGUUGACCCCACGCUCAACGCCCCUUCGAGCGAUGAUGCGCAGAUUCACCGCAUCCCACAUCCAGAAGAUGAAGGGAAAGGGGGCAAAAAGCGAAAAGCGAAAGACACUACCAAGCUAGAUGUUGGAACGGGCAUGUCAGAAGAACCCAUCAACAAGCAUGCAUCGAUUUAUUCCAAGCUCGAACAAGCGCGACAACAAGAGAGAGCCCCGCUCGAGAACGAUAAUGACAAUCCGACAGAUGCCUCGCCAACCGAGCUCCAUGGACUAGAGCCAAUUCCUCAGCCAGAACAGAAAGAGAGCGUCCCCAUCAGACCAACAUAUUCCACACUCCCUCCAUGGCAGAAGACCCCUUUAGAAGUGGCUCUCAAUGUGCGACAUAGUUUCAAAUCUCUUGGGGUUCCUGAUGCUAUACUGAAAAAUUUGCAGAAGCAAGGUCUUGAGAAUGCCUUCCCCAUCCAAUCCGCAGUUCUACCCUUGCUGUUGGGCGGUGGUGGUGAGCAUGAUGGUGACCUUUGCGUCUCAGCAGGCACAGGGUCUGGGAAAACGCUUUCUUAUGUUCUCCCAAUCAUUGCAAGCCUCAAAGAGCUUUCGGGCACGAAACUAAGAGCUGUCAUCGUUGUUCCAACAAGAGAACUUGUUAAGCAGGUGCGAGAGCUAUGCGAGAUUUGUGCCGCUAGUUCUCGCCUCAAGAUUGCAACUGCAGUCGGAAGCAGCUCAUUGAAAGACGAGCAAGAUCUGCUUGUUCUGGAAGAGGACGUGUACGACCCCGAUCAGUAUGACCUUCAGCAACGAAGUAGGGUUGAUUGGGCUCCUUUUUCUCUGGACAGACUGGUCCGCCGAUCAUACGAUGAAGAUCCUUUAAACUCAGUUGGCUUCGUAACUCAAUACAGAUCCAAAGUGGACAUAGUCAUCACUACGCCAGGAAGACUUGUUGACCAUCUCAAGUCCACCCCUGGCUUCAAUCUAGACGACGUGAAAUGGCUUGUCAUCGACGAGGCUGAUCGGCUGCUGAAUGAAAGUUAUCAAGAAUGGAUUGAGGUCGUAAGCCCGGCUUUAGCCUCCAAUUGUGCGAAUGCCGAAAGGGACAGGCUUCUUCGAUCCAUGCGAAUGGCUCCUCCAAGGCGGAAGGUGAAGAAAAUUCUGCUAUCGGCGACGAUGACCACGGAUAUAUCGAAACUCAAUCCUCUUGGACUUUUCGAACCCAAGCUUGUGCUUCUGCGUAGCAGUACUAAUGCCAGUCUCGAUGAGGCUGCUGAAAAUACAUCAAACGUGCCCAAUCCCGAAGAACUUCCGACGGGUACUGGUGGGAGCUUUCAUCUGCCAGGGUCACUCAUCGAGUCUGUGGUGCCUAUCCUAGAACCUUCCCAAAAGCCGUUAUAUCUGGUACAGUUACUGGAACAAGAGCUCAAACUAGCGGCCGGCCCGCCUAAUCUCAAGAACUGCUCGGGUGAUUCUGCUGCUGACGCGGCAUCCUCGACAUCCUCGAGUGAUUCGUCCUCGUCAACACCAUCGGACGAGGAUGAUAGCGAAAGUUCAUCAAGCUCAGAUUCAUCAGAAGCAAGCACAGACUCUCUACCGUCUCCCGGAACUGAACAGAUCGAAGUUCCAUCGACGAAGCUAGCGUCCCGUGCAUUAAUAUUCACACGGUCUACCGCUGCUGCCAAUCGUUUGGCUCGGCUGCUGUCGCUGCUGAAACCAUCAUGGUCAGGACGCAUAUCGACACUUACACGGAGUACUGCGUCCUCAGGCUCCUCAAGGCGCGCUUUAUCCGCCUUCAGAAAUUCUAAAUUAUCGGUUUUAAUUGCCACCGAUCGAGCCUCGCGUGGCCUAGAUGUUCCCGGCCUCGAACAUGUCAUCUCCUACGACGUUCCAAGCAGUGCAUUGACUUAUGUUCACCGUGUCGGAAGAACAGCUCGAGCAGGGAAAUCAGGCCAUGCAUGGACAUUCUUGGAGCAUAGAGAAGGUGCAUGGUUCUGGCGAGAAAUUGGUGGGAAAGUGCAGUCUCGAAAUGCUGUCGCGGAGAAUCGCUUACAUCGAGAAUCCAAGGUCAAGCGAACUACUAUAUCUAUCGAGGACAAUGACCUCCACAAGGAAUACGAAGAAGCUCUCCAGCAGUUAGGACGAGAAGCACGAGGGUGA